AUGGUCAUCACUAUCCACUGGAACUUGAUCAUCGAAUGUCCAACAGCUCGCGUCAAAGAUGAUUCCGCUGCGGACUUGGGCCGUCUUGGCCACAUCCCAUACAACGAGGACACGAUCGUCAACGUUAUCAGCGACAUCUACCGCAUCUAUCUACAGCUAAAUUACAUCUUUCCCACGGAUGUCGUCUGGCCGUCACAAGAAGGCCAUGUUAUCAACGAGGCUUUGUGCGAGGAACUCCACCUCGAUAGUGCGGUGAUCUCGAUAAUGAAACGACUGCCCUAUUUCCGGGCGUCAGAACUAGCGGCUGAUAUCCCGUUCACCUCUCUGUCCCGCGCGUUUGUUUAUCUUGAGGAUGAUGAAAUCCGUGAUGGCCGCGAUCCGGAUCGGUUCCAGGAUGAGGGGCUGAGGCUAGGGUUCCUCCUUCCUCAAGAAAUUGCUCUCGACUGUUCUACUAAUAAAGGUAUUUAUUUGAUUCUGGACACAAAAGAGAACACAAUUCGAGUAUGGGACCCGAACGAUCGAUUGGCGGGAGACGACGAAGAAAAUAACUAUCGCAAUCAUCCACAUCAUGCACCAACAUAUCUAUCCUCACAUUUGACAAGAACAAAAAACAUGCGUGCCCUUGUGGAUAAGCCCCACUAUUCAGAUAUGUAUCUGAGACUUAAGAGACUUCUCCAGGAGCAAUAUGGCUGGCCAUAUGAUUUUCAGGAGACGGAGUGGAAGGCUCUUUCAAGCUUAUAUUAG